CAGACUUGCGAGGAGAUUUCAUUUUCCAGGAAACGAAAAGAAAAAGGGUUGUAAAGAUGAGGAGAAACAAGAGUAUAUCUCUUCUACUUUUCAUAUUCGUUACAAUUACUGCCUUCACUAUGUUUUCAAUCAUUGUUGAGGCAAGAAAGCAACACAGCAAGAAGACCAAACCCAAUAAACAUCGAAAAGAUUCACCCACUAUUCCAGGUCCGGCACCGGCCCCUCUUCCUCAACGUGGUUCCUGUCCUAGCCAAUCCAGCAUUUUCAAUAUUUUGUCAUUUGGAGCCAAGGGUGACGGAGGUUCCGAUGAUUCUAAGGCCCUUCUCUCUGCAUGGAAAGCAGCCUGUGAAGUCCCUGGAGCUACAGUGGAAAUCCCAGCAGAAUUCAAGUUCCUUAUCAAGCCCAUAACUCUUCAGGGUCCAUGCAUGCCUCACCUUGUCCUUCAGAUUGAUGGGACUCUGUUGGCUCCUCCAGAAGUGGGUUCAUGGCCUAAAUCUAGCCUGUUUCAAUGGCUUAACUUUAAGUGGGUGCAUAACUUCACCAUUCAAGGUAGUGGCACUGUCAAUGGUCAAGGCUUUGAUUGGUGGACUCCCUUUAAUGUCUUUUUUAUUCAGAAGACAUCCAAGCACAUUCCUGAUAUGAAACCAACCGCUUUGAGAUUUUAUGCCAGCUAUAAUGUCACAGUGCAAGACAUUGAAAUUGUAAAUAGCCCACAAUGCCAUUUGAAAUUUGACAAUUCAAAGGGGAUCAAGGUUAACAAUAUCACCAUUUCUUCACCUGAGGAUAGCCCAAAUACUGAUGGAAUUCACCUGCAGAACACACAAGAUGUAGAAAUUCAGCAUUCUAACAUUGGAUCCGGAGAUGACUGUAUCUCCAUACAAACUGGUUGCUCCAAUAUCCAUGUUCAUCAUAUUAACUGUGGACCAGGACAUGGCAUAAGUGUAGGAGGACUUGGGAAGGAGAAGAGUGUUGCAUGCGUCUCCAACGUCAUUGUGGAGAAUGUCUGGCUGCAAAAUACUUUAGCUGGAUCUAGAAUAAAGACAUGGCAGGGAGGGAUUGGAUUGGUUAAAAACAUAACAUUUUCCAACAUCCAAGUAUCAAACGUAAAAUAUCCAAUAAUAAUAGAUCAAUUCUACUGUGACAAGCACAUCUGCAAGAAUCAAACAGAAGCUGUGGCAAUUUCUGGGGUUAGAUAUGAUCAAAUAAUUGGGAGUUACACAACGCAACCUAUUUAUUUAGCUUGCAGCAGUACAGUGCCAUGCAUGGAUGUUGAUCUAAUCAAUAUUCAGCUGAAACCCUCGCCAGAAUACAGAAGUUUCAAGCAGGCUUUGUGUUGGAACUCUUAUGGGAAAUCGCAGGCACCUCUUGUUCCUUCAAGUAUAGAUUACUGCUUGAGAAGAGAUGGUCGCUCUGUUAAGAGAACAUCGAGGUCUUCACACGAGCAUAUGUGCUAGAUACUCGUGAUUCUUAAUUGUGAAAUUUUCUGUUAGAUGCUUCCCUUCUGCAAUUGUUUUAUUUUUUCAAUGUGGGAAGGUGAUGAUGAUUUUUGUAUUAGUUUUUUUUUAAAAAAUAAAUAAAUUUGUAAUUUAGUUGUUGUUUGAAAGUUGUAUAAUGCCAAUAAUCUUUUUCUUUUCUUUUUUUUUUAACACUUUAACUAUCAAAUUUAAUUGCAAAUGGCUGAAAGCUUAACUUGGAUUCUCCGAUCUGUGCAGCAUUCUGCAAUUAAUUUGGAUUCUUCCCACAGCUCAACUGUGUUGACCGUUCCUCAAAUAUUCCUCCUACUUUAGUUUAAUUGGAACUAUAUUUCCACUCUUUUUCAAAGUCUUUAUGGUGGAUAAGGCGGUGGUGGAGGUGGUGGUGGUGGUUGACUAAGCGUGCACCGCCCAGCAGACACUUUAGUGAAUCCUCAGUACCCCACACACGCCCAUGGCCGCCCACA